AUGAAGUCUGUUGCCCUCUUGACAGCCUCUGUGCUGCUGGGCAGUGCCUCUGCUGAGGUUCACAAGCUGAAGCUCAACAAGGUUCCUCUCAGCGAGCAACUGGAUACCCACAACAUCGAUGCCCACGUUCAUGCUCUGGGCCAGAAGUACAUGGGCAUUCGCCCUGACCGACACCAGGAGGCUAUGUUCCAGGAGACCUCAUUCAAGCCCCAGGCUGGUCAUGAUGUCCUUGUCGACAACUUCCUGAACGCGCAGUACUUCUCUGAGAUUACUCUUGGUACUCCUCCUCAGUCCUUCAAGGUUGUUCUUGACACUGGCAGCUCCAACCUUUGGGUCCCGUCAUCGGAGUGUGGCUCGAUCGCCUGCUACCUCCACAACAAGUAUGAUUCGUCUUCAUCCAAUACUUACAAGAAGAACGGCUCCGAGUUUGCCAUUCAAUAUGGUUCUGGUAGCCUGAGCGGCUUCGUCUCCCAGGACACGCUCCAGAUCGGCGACUUGAAGAUUAAGAACCAGGACUUCGCUGAAGCUACCAGCGAGCCCGGUCUCGCCUUUGCUUUCGGUCGUUUCGAUGGUAUCCUGGGUCUGGGCUACGACACCAUCUCUGUCAACAAGAUGGUUCCUCCUGUCUACAACAUGCUCAACCAGAGCCUGCUGGACGAGCCCGUUUUUGCCUUCUACUUGGGCAACGCCAACACUGAGGGUGACAACUCCGAGGCCACAUUCGGUGGCGUAGACAAGAGCCACUACACUGGCGAGCUGACCACUAUUCCCCUGCGUCGCAAGGCCUACUGGGAGGUCGAGUUCAACGCCAUCGCUCUCGGCGACAACAAGGCUGAGUUGGAAAACACCGGAAUCAUCCUCGACACCGGUACUUCUCUCAUCGCUUUGCCAUCUACUCUCGCUGAGCUCCUGAACAAGGAGAUUGGUGCCACCAAAGGCUUCACUGGACAGUACAGCGUUGACUGUGCUACCGUUGACUCCCUGCCUGACCUUACCUUUACCCUUAGCGGUCACGAUUUCACCAUUGGGCCCCACGACUACAUCCUGGAGGUCCAGGGAUCCUGCAUCAGCAGCUUCAUGGGCAUGGACUUCCCCGAGCCCGUGGGUCCCCUGGCCAUCUUGGGAGACUCUUUCCUGCGCAAGUGGUACAGCGUCUACGACCUUGGCAACGGCAGCGUUGGCUUGGCCAAGGCCAAAUAG